AUGGAUACAAUCACUCAGCGUCCACAAGUCUGCUCCGAGUUCCACAAAUUCAGAAAACUGCCCGUAGAACUCCGUUUCGAAAUCUGGGAAUUGGCUUUACGAGGGCUUACGCGCAACAUAGAGUUUAAUUGGCACCACAGUAUGUGCGAAAGCCCUUUCGGGGUUCUUGAUCGCCAUCUUCCACCACCUCUGCUAAGUACAUGCCACGAAUCUCGAGUUUUAGCGCUAAAAUACUAUGAAAAAUGGACAGUCGGUGCAGACGCUUUCGAGUGUCCACAAUCACGAAGUCACUACGAGAAGUCGGACGACGCCAGCGAAAAGGUCUCCAAAGAUGACAUGUCCCCAGAGAAUCAACCCGAUUGUUCUUGUUUCCAUCCUUAUGUCAAUUUUGACAGCGAUACGUUCGUGCUCGAGGCACCCGAGGUGGAGAUCGCUGGAGAAACCUGGUCUACGGAGUUUGACAAGGUCAAGCACGUGGAAAUUCGGGAAUGGGAGCAUGAAGAUAUCCCAUUGUACUUGGAGGAAUGGUUUGCAGGGCUAAAACGGUCAACGUGA